AUGCCGUCACGCCCCCGCGCCCGCGCGCAGGACUCGGAAACGCUCGACAAGGUCCGCGAAAUCAUCUCCGAGCAGCUGGGCGUGGACCUCGACAAGGUCGCCGCCGACGCCAAGUUCGUUGACCUCGGCCUCGACUCGCUCGACACCGUGGAGAUCAUGAUGGCGCUCGAGGAGCAGUUCACAAUCACCCUCGACGAGGAGGGCACGGAGGAGAUCAACACCGUCCAGGAGGCCGCGGACAUGAUUGCCGGGCUGAAGUGA